AGAGAGAAGCGCAUCUUUAUUUUCCAAGCUUACUUUCGGAUAUUGUACAAAACUUGUCAUGAAAGGAUACAGACAAAAAUUAGACAGAAAAGAUUUAUUUCCAUUGAAUGAAGAGGAUACUUCAGCAUGUGUUGUACCACGAUUUGAAAAAUACUGGAAUCAGGAAGUUGAUUAUAUAAAAAGAAGUUGUGUUCUUUCAACAACAAAGAAGACGGACAAAGGAAACGAAGUAUUAAAACAACAGCCACAACUUGUUAAAUGUUUAUUAAAGGCGUUUGGACCAUAUGUACUAGGUGCAGCUAUGCUGAAUUUACUAUCAAGUAUUUUUGGAUUGCUCACUCCUUUUGUCCUUAGAUUAUUAAUUCAGUUUACUGAAGAUCAUACCAAUGCAUUGUGGGAAGGAUAUAUGUACGCUAUAUUGAUGUUUGGACUCACCAUUGGCAAAACCAUUUUUGAAACUCAACAAGGACUGAGAAAUUGUAGCGGUGAAAGGCGUAUGUGGAUAGCAAUUUCAUCAGUCAUAUACAAAAAGACCCUAAGACUUUCCAAUUCAGCAAAGAAAUCUUCAACAUCAGGAGAAAUAGUCAAUCUGCUGUCUGUAGAUGCUGGUAGAAUUUCUACUUGUUUCCAUAACAUAAAUUACCUCUGGACUAUACCAUUUAUGUUCUGUUCCACGCUGUUCUUACUUUGGCAGACGCUUGGAGUAUCAGCAUUCAUUGGACUUGGCAUCGUGAUUGUUCUCAUACCUUUUAACUCGUUUUUGGUUAAAAAAGGAAAAGAUUUGCAUUUAGAGGUUAUGGAUUUGAAAGACAACAGAGUUAAAAUGAUGAAUGAAGUUUUGAAUGGCAUUAAGGUAUUGAAACUCUAUGCCUGGGAAGAUUCUUUUGAGAAACAAAUAUCAACGAUCCGUGACAAAGAAAUGGGUGUCAUCAGAAAUCAAGCACUUGUUGGUACCUGUAUGCAUUUGGCAUGGUGCUUGACUCCAUUUUUGGUUUCAUUGGGGACAUUUGCCACGUAUGUUCUGAUCGACCCUGAGAAUGUGCUGACUGCUGAAAAAGCUUUUGUGGCGAUGUCUUUAUUUGGAAUGCUUAGCUGGAAUUUGAAUGCAUUGCCUCACAUUGUAAAUCAUUACGUACAGGCCAAUGUUGCUUUGAAAAGAAUCCAAACAUUUUUGAACAAAGAUGAACUUAAUGAAGAAGCCGUGACAAGAAACUCUGACAACAAAUAUGCAGUGGCAGUUGACAGAGGUACAUUUGCAUGGAAUAAAGAAGAUGAUUUUACCUUGAAUGAUAUCAAUGUCCACAUACCAGAAGGAUCAUUCGUUGCCAUUGUAGGAUCUGUUGGUUCAGGAAAGUCAUCCAUGUUGUCUGCUAUUUUGGGCGAAAUGGAAUCAAUGUCUGGAAAUGUCAAUCUGAAGGGAACAGUGGCCUAUGUUUCUCAACAAGCCUGGAUUAGGAACACAUCACUGCAGAAAAACAUUUUGUUCGGAAAAGGCAUGAAUAAAGGUGAAUACAACGAUAUCAUCAAUGCCACGGCACUUCGUACUGAUUUGGAUAUGUUGUCUGGUGGUGAUCAGACAGAAAUAGGUGAAAAGGGUAUUAAUCUUAGUGGUGGACAAAAACAGAGAGUAAGUUUAGCCCGGGCAUUGUAUCAGGAUGCAGAUAUUUAUCUACUUGAUGACCCCCUUAGUGCUGUAGACGCUCAUGUUGGGAAACAUAUAUUUGAUGAAGUACUCGACAAGAAGGGAAAACUAGGAAACAAGACAAGAAUUUUGGUAACAAAUGGAGUUAGUUUCUUACCCAAAACAGACAUGAUCAUCACAAUGGUAGAUGGUAAAAUCGGAGAAAUGGGAACCUUUAAAGAAUUAAUUGACCAUAAAGGAGCAUUUGCCGAAUUUCUUGACAAUUAUAUGAUUAACAAAGGAAGUGAUAAGGAAGAAACACUAUCAGGGAACGACGAGGCUUCUAUUCUACCUGAAACAAAAGAUGAAAAUUCCAACACAGUGAAAACAACAAAUGACAUUAACGAAACAGAUAAUAAAACCGUGGAUAAAAUAAUUGAUGAAGAAUCCAAUGAAUCAGGAAAGGCUAGAAGUGCAGUGAUGUCGUUCUACAUGAGUGCCAUUGGUGUUCCACUUAGUGUUUUCAUUAUAAUAUUCAAUAUAGCAUUUGAAAUACUACAUCGGUCUUCUGACGUCUGGAUAAGCCAAUGGACGAGUGACAAUACAACUCAUAUUAAUGGGACUGUUGAUACAACACAAAGAAAUAUGCGUCUUGGUGUCUAUGCUGGAAUCGGAGCAUUACAAGGUUUUGUUUUGCUACUAGUUGGAUAUGGUGUCAGUACUGCAAGAAUGAACGCAUCAAGAAAACUUCAUAAAAACCUUCUGAGAAACAUACUCCGUUCACCAAUGACCUUUUUCGACACAACACCAGUAGGCAGAAUAGUGAAUCGCUUUUCCAACGACGUUGCCAGGAUAGAUAACGAAAUAAUCUACCAAUUCAAAGACUGUAUUAUCAGUGCUGCUGUUGUCAUCUGUAAUGCUGUGAUUAUAUGUUUUGGAACACCACAGUUUCUCUGUGUUCUUUUGCCAAUAACCAUCCUUUACUUCAUUCUUCAGAGAUUCUAUACAGUAAUUUCGACACAGCUUAGACGAUUUGAGACAUCUGCAAAUUCUCCUAUUUACUCCCAAUUUGCUGAAACUAUUUCUGGAACAUCAACUAUCAGAGCUUACAACCAGCAAGGACGAUUUAUUGCCGAAUCAGCAGAACGUAUUGAUGAACAUAAAAUAGCUCAGAAUUCAGCAGGAGGUGUAAGCCGAUGGCUAUCAGUUCGACUUCAGUUUAUGGGAGCACUUAUUUUACUGUUUGUUUGUAUAUUUGUGGUACUUGGAAAAGCUACAUUGUCUGCAGGAAUAGUAGGACUUAUCAUAACAUAUGCAUUAGAGAUAACCGGAUGUUUGCAAUGGGUUGUAAGAGUAAUUUCUGAUUUAGAAAAUAACACAGUAUCGAUCGAAAAGAUUCAGGAAUAUACUGAAACUCCAACCGAGGCUGCAUGGGAAAUUCCAGAGAAGGAACCUAGUUCAAGCUGGCCAGAGAUAGGAUGCAUUGAAUUCCAAGAUUAUGGCGUAAGAUACAGAGAAGGUUUAGACUUGGUACUGAAGGGAAUUACGUGUACAAUACAACCAAAUGAAAAGAUUGGUAUAGUUGGCAGAACUGGUGCAGGGAAGUCAUCCUUAACAAUGGCGUUGUUUAGAAUCCUUGAGAAAGCUAAAGGGAAAAUAAUCAUUGAUGGAAUUGAUAUAUCAACUAUCGGCCUUCAUGAUUUAAGAUCUAAAAUUACUAUUAUACCACAGGAUCCUGUCUUGUUUUCUGGGACCAUGAAAAUGAAUUUAGAUCCAUUCGAAGAGUACAGUAACGAAGAGAUAUGGAAGGCUUUAGAACAUGCUCAUCUAAAGAAAUUCGUUGAUGGUUUGGAGGAAGGAUUAGAUCACAAGUGUUCUGAAGGAGGAGAAAAUUUUAGUGUUGGACAAAGACAGCUUAUGUGUCUUGCAAGAGCACUGUUGAGGAAGACUAAAAUCUUGGUUCUUGACGAAGCUACCGCAGCUGUAGAUUUAGAAACAGACGAUUUGAUACAGAAUACUAUUAGAACAGAGUUUUCAGAUUGUACAAUUCUUACAAUAGCACACAGACUCAACACUAUCAUGGACUACACAAGAAUAAUGGUGCUGGAUGCUGGAAAUAUAAGUGAAUUUGACACACCAUCAAUCUUAUUAGAUAACUGUGAAAGUAUGUUUUAUGGUAUGGCUAAAGAUGCAGGAUUAGUUAAAAGCAAUAGAUAAAGAUAUUUAUCGAUUAAAACAUAUUUUGUGACUUGACUAAAGAGAACAGAUUUUUGGUGGAAAUGAUCAUGAACAGAGUAUUUCAUUUGAGGGACAAAAGGUCUGAUCACAUAUCUUUUCCCGACCAAGCCAAAGUGAACGGAGUGGCUAACAGUAACUGACAUACGGAAAUCAUUUCAGUAUGCUAAUGCUUUUCUUGCCAUUGUUACGACAGAACUUUCAAUAAGAUUGAAUUUAUACAUACAUAUCGUUUUCAUUUUUUUUCAUAAUUUGUAAGCGAAGAUCAAUUCAUGGAUUCUAUCAAUCAAUAUUUCAUUUCUUUUGUAUAUCAUCAUUAUGAAUAUUUCCAUUAUUUCUUUUCCAUUUCUAUAUUUAUUACAAUUUGUAGUUCAAUAUUUCUCUAGUGCAAUAUACAGUAUCCUUUGUUAUUUUAAUGUAUAUCUUAUAAUUUUUUUAAUUUUUAAAUUUUUUGCAAUAUUUCUUUCUUAACCAUUUUUUAUUUUGAUUUGUUAUACUUUAUCUCAAUAUUUCUUUCUUAACCUUUUUUAUUUUGAUUUGUUAUACUUUAUCUCAAUAUUUCUAGCUGGCAUUUUAUAGGGU